CUUCAUUGUCAAAGACCCUUCUCUCUCUCUCUCUCUCUCUCUCUCUCUCUCAAAAAAGAAAGCGUACAGAAAGAGGGAAGAAAAAAAUUAAAGAAAAUAAAAUAAUUUUAUCCUCACGAACCCCCCAAGAUUUCAUACCAAAGACGAAGCAGUGAAUCCGUCCUUCCCGGUCUCGAUUCCUUGAUUCCUUUACCCGUCAAUCCGACCGCCGAUCCCCGUCUUCGUCCUUUCCGGCGUGGUUUCCAUCGGAUUCCCUGUGUCCCACCGGAAGCCGUGCCCUAGGGUUAGGUAGCUGUCUAGGGUUUUUGAUGGACUCGGAGGACGACAUGCACGACGCCAACGAUGUGGAGUCAUUGGACGAGGAUUUCUACAGCGGCGAGGCCGAUGAUUAUUACAACAGCGACAACGCCGACGGCGAUGAGUACGAGUUCAUCGACGAAGCCGACGACGACUCUGAUGUCAUCGCUGCUCAUCGGUAUCAGCAAAACUACUCUAUUCUGACAGAAGCUGAUAUACGACAGCAUCAGGAGGAUGAUAUAGCAAGAGUAUCUACUGUUCUUUCUAUAAAGAGAGAUGAUGCAGUUAUCCUACUACGCCAUUAUAAUUGGAGUGUAAGUAAGGUGCAUGAUGCAUGGUUUGAUGAAGACGGAGUCCGGAAAGUAGUUGGCUUACUGGAAAAGCCUGUGGUCCAAUACCCUAAUGCUAGAGAACUUACUUGCGGAAUCUGUUUUGAAUCCUCUCCUCGUGAUAAGAUUUAUUCAGCUGCUUGUGGCCAUCCUUUUUGCAGCACAUGCUGGGCAGGUUAUAUUGGCACAUCUAUUAAUGACGGUCCUGGAUGUUUGUCACUGCGAUGUCCUGAUCCAUCUUGUUGUGCUGCUGUUGGUCAAAGCAUGAUAGAUUUAUUAGCACCUGCUGAUGAGAAGAAGAAAUACUCUCUAUAUCUUCUUCGCUCCUAUAUUGAAGACAAUAGAAAGACCAAAUGGUGUCCAGCCCCUGGUUGCGAGUAUGCUGUACAGUAUGCUGCUGGAAGUGAAGGUUAUGAUGUUUCUUGCUUGUGCUCGUUCAACUUUUGCUGGAAUUGUACAGAAGAAGCUCACCGUCCUGUGGACUGUGGUACUGUGUCAAAGUGGAUAAUGAAAAACAGUGCUGAGUCUGAGAACAUGAACUGGAUUCUUGCCAAUUCAAAGCCUUGUCCUAAGUGCAAGCGGCCAAUAGAGAAGAACCAAGGGUGUAUGCAUAUGACAUGUACUCCCCCCUGUAAAUUUGAGUUCUGCUGGCUUUGUCUUGGUGCGUGGUCUGAUCAUGGAGAGAGAACUGGUGGUUUUUAUGCAUGUAAUCGUUAUGAGGCAGCUAAACAGGAGGGAGCGGUGGGAACUUCAAUACUUGGACAAAAUUAUGACGAGGCUGAAAGGAGGAGAGAGAUGGCAAAGAAUUCACUGGAGAGAUACACACAUUAUUAUGAGCGAUGGGCGAGCAAUCAAUCUUCAAGGCAGAAAGCUCUUGCUGACUUGCACCAGAUGCAAACUGUGCAUCUCGAGAAGCUUAGUGACACACAAUGCCAGCCCGAGUCCCAGCUCAAGUUCAUCAUAGAAGCAUGGCAACAGAUAGUCGAGUGUAGGCGAGUGCUCAAGUGGACUUAUGCAUAUGGGUAUUAUUUACCAGAACAUGAACUUGCUAGGAAACAAUUUUUCGAGUAUUUGCAAGGUGAGGCAGAGUCUGGCUUGGAGAGGCUGCAUCAGUGUGCAGAAAAGGAACUACAUCAGUUCCUCAGCGAUGAAGGUGCUGCAUCUAGCAGCUUUAAUGACUUCCGUACAAAGUUGGCUGGACUUACCAGUGUCACGAAGAACUAUUUUGAGAACCUAGUUAGGGCACUCGAGAAUGGCCUAUCAGAUGUGGACUCCCAUGGAGCUAGCAGCCGAGCAGCAAGCUCAAAGAAUGGAGGAGGCAGCACUAGCAGCAAAGGCCGGAGUGCGAAGGGCAAGGUAACUGCUCGAGCUGGUUCGACAAGCCGAACAGAUGAUUCUGGCCACUGGUCUUGCGACCGCUGCACCUUUGCUAACGUCAAGUCCUCCGCCAUCUGCCAAAUGUGUCAGACGCGUCGAUGAUUAAAUCCCCUCCGCAUCUCCCUGCUACUGGAAUUUCCUCUGAUCGAGAAUCUCUUCUCAGGGAGUAAGAUCAGACGAAUCACAGAUCCUUAGGCUAGGAUUUCUUGAUUUUCAAAGCAGUUGGAUGAGGGUCUUCAAGUUCACCUCUUGAAGGGUUAUUUAUUUGGGAGGACGUUAUGGGGAGGGAGUGAAGCGUCAGCUGCAGAAAGCAGGUUUCACAAUUCGAGUGUUACUUUUGCCUGUCUGGGUUUAUAACGGUUUCAGAUGUGUACAUAGCUGUCUAGAAUUUUUUUUUUUUUUUUUUAUCAUUGCAAGUAUAUUAUAUAUACACAUAAGAAAAAGGAUUUCAUGGAGAUUCCACUCCUGAUUGUUACUAUGAUCAGGGAAGGUGUUACAAAAAAGUUUAUAUUAGUAGUAGUUUCUCGGGGACGGGGGACGGACAGUAAAACGAUUUGUCAUGUAUGGGGCAAGUGUUGCUUUCGUGUCAAUUAUCUGUUGGGUCGGGUCUCAUGUCUCUUCGUGUUGCAACCAAUGCAUCUGCACAGCUUCUUCAGGAAUGUCUGAUGAAAUCUCUCCCCUUUCAUCUCGUCUUGUUUUCUCCCCGGAGACCAUACUAUUGCCACUGGAUAUCGUGUAUUCUCUGCAGUUUCUGCUUUUAUAUGCUGUUUUGGGUU